GGGAGGUGUCGUCACUUUUCAAUGACAUUAAUGAAGAGAGGAAGUUGCAAUGCAGCGACCUCCACCUCAUUUGCCUUCAAAUAUAAAUCAAAAGGUAAACUAACUUCGUUGGUAAUUAGGGAACCCAAUAACUUGAGCAUUCCAUGACAUAACACCUUAAAAGUUGCUAGGGAAUCUACUGCCCUGUUAUUUAUGGUAUUUAUCCACAAACUAUCAAUACAGUAGAAUGUUUUAUUCAGUCUUGUUCUCAUAGUCAACACUUUUCUUAUUUUCUCAUGUUCCUGUGCAUCUUAAUUUUAUUUACAUCUGUUAAAUGGACAAUGAUUGAAGUUGUUGAUGUACGUGGUAAAACUCUCAGCCGAGACACAGAUAAAGGAAUGGCUUACGCCAGAUUUAAGGCUCACAAAUUCUCCCUCCUCAACAUCACCAACAUUGGUUCGGAUUAUGUUCUCAAAGGUAGCGAGUGUGGGCUUGCUUGUGUUAACAUGCCGUCAUGUUUCUCCUUUAACCUGGCUUCAUUCUCCGAUAUCGUCAACGGGAAAAUCUUAUGUGAGCUGCUCCCAUCCGACAGAUACAACAACUCCGCAAAACACGUUGGCAGCAAGUUAUUUCAGCAUUAUAGCAUCCUGUCUCCAUGUAUCAGCUGGCCUUGUCAGAACAAUGGAACUUGUGUUGCACUUUACGAGAAGAACAGCUAUAUGUGCGUAUGUGCCAAGGGAUUUACAGGGAAAUAUUGUGAAACAGGUAUGGAACGGGUACUAGCACCUCAUUUCUUGUGAUCGAAAACAAUCAGAUUAUAUAUCUGUCCGAUGUUCCAAAAACAUGCCCACAGAUUUGAACCCCUCCAUUCAUGU